UCCAACCCAAAUUCUCUCACCCUCUUCCAACAACACCUUGAAAAAUAAGAAAAAUGGAAGCAACAAACUUUGAGAGGACAACACUGCUAGGACAGUUUGGUGCCAAAAAUUUCUUCCUUGUGAUAGUUCUGCUGCUUUUAUCAAAGCCAAAGCUGGUUACUUGCUCAAUUGUCAGGUCUAUUCCUGGAUUUCCUGGUUCUCUUCCUUUCCAACUUGAAACUGGGUACAUUGGGGUUGAUGAGAAAGAUGAUGUGCAGUUCUUCUAUUACUUCGUUGAAUCUGAAAGAAAUCCCAGGGAUGAUCCUCUUUUGCUCUGGCUCACUGGUGGUCCUUCUUGCUCUGCUCUAAGUGGACUUGCUUUUGAGAUAGGCCCCAUAAAGUUCAACAUGGUUGAGUAUAAUGGUAGCUUGCCGACCUUUGUUCUUAAUCCCAACUCAUGGACAAAGGUUUCCAGCAUAAUAUUUGUAGAUUCACCUGUUGGCACCGGGUUUUCAUAUCCAAGGAGCUUGCAGUGGUCCAGUGAUACAUUAUUUGUAAAUCAUAUUUAUAGUUUCCUCAUGAAGUGGCUACUCUAUCAUCCUAAGUUCAUUUCAAAUCCAAUCUACAUUGCUGGUGACUCGUACUCUGGCAUGAUAGUCCCAGUUGUAGCUCAAGAAAUUGGAAAAGGUAUCGAAGUUGGGGAUAUACCAGCAAUUAAUCUUAAAGGCUAUCUGCUUGGGAACCCAUGUACAGAUUUAAAUUUUGAUGAGAAUUCAAAGGUCGCAUACGCCCAUCGCAUGGCACUUAUACCUGAUGAACUCUACAAGUCAGCAAAGAAGAAUUGCAGAGGACAAUAUGCAGGAAUUGUUCAAAGCAAUAAACAAUGUGCAAAGUAUCUCCAGGCAAUCUCAGCAUGCACUGAAAAAGUGAACCGCGCACAUAUCUUAGAGCCUCGGUGUCUUCCGAGCUUUCCUAUAAUUAGUAUGACGAAUGAUCACCAGAAAAAUUGCAUUGAAAGGUCGGAAGAGGCAUCAUUGGCUGUCAACCCAAUGCACCUCGACCUCAAUCCCAAACAUAUUGGCUUUCCUAUAUUUGGUUGCAGGAAUUACCAAAAUUUUCUGAUGCAUGUUUGGGCAAAUGAUGCUAACGUCCAGAAAGCACUUGGGGUUCAAAAAAGGAUGUUCUGGACCAGGUGCAACAGCAGCUUGCCUUAUGACAGAUAUUUCCGCAGUGUGCUUAGCUAUCAUCGAUCUCUCAAUACCAGAGGUUAUCGAGCCCUUAUAUACAGUGGGGAUCAUGACAUGGUGAUACCGUACUUGGGAACCCUAGCAUGGAUUAAGUCCCUCAACUUUACUAUUGUUGAUCGCUGGAGACCGUGGCUGGUUGAUGGUCAAGUUGCUGGAUACUCCAUCGAAUACUCAAACAACUUUACAUUUGCAACUGUUAAGGGAGGAGGGCACACAGCUCCAGAGUAUCAGCCUAAGGAAUGCUUUGCCAUGUUUAAAAGGUGGAUCUCUGAAGAGCCACUCUAACUCCCACUUCAGAGCGCUAUCUAUAGUUGUGCUAAAAUGUAUUGACAAUGCUCGCACCUUUCGUUUGUCAAAGAGACCAUGCUACCAUGUUGCAUCCUGUUUGAUAUUGAAAUUUAAGAUUUUAGAAUUGAACUUC